UGAAAUGGGCGGGGGGGGGAGUUUACCUCUUCAUAUUCUUCUUCUUAAUGCUUACUACUAAGAAUAGUAGUAGUGUAUUAAAGAUAGUUUAUUAAGAAUACGUUGCUUUUCAGCAAAAAGCUCUCAGAACAGUUUACAUACCAAAAUGGAUGGGAAGAUGAUUACCAGUCACAAAGGAGCUUUCAUUUUAAAAAGAAACACAAGGGAAGCAACUGCUAGUGGGAAGCAUCCCGUGUUAAGAUGAAUAGGGACAAUUGCUCUCCCCUUGUUAAAUAAAUAUGAGAGCCACCACUUUAAAAGGGGAUGCUUUGCCCAGUUAGUAGGGGUUAUGAUGGGCAUACAGCGGUUAAAGGCACAUAUGGGCUGCUAGAAAAAAACUUGGCCAGUGUAAUAUCUAUUACUUCAGUUCUUGUUGUUUGACAUAACUACUUAAAUCUUCAGACCCUCUAAAGCUGACUAGGGUGUUAGAUUGGAUUGUGUUUUGAGAAGUGACUCCAACACCAUUGUACUGGAUUCUUCUUGUGAGGUUAUGGUACCUGGGGUGCUGAGGCCACCAAUACUCAAGGUUCAUAUGCAACAAAUGCAGCAAGUUGGCAAGGCUAUGAAGGCUAUGAUUAUUACAGUGCCCAAACCAGCAGUUCCACUACAGCUGCUACAUAUAACUAUGAUCCUGCUGCUGUUGCCACUGGUGCCUGGGACACGUCUAAAGCUCCCGACAUGACGAUGGGUGCUGAUAUGGGCGCUGCAAUGCCAGUGGUAAAUUACAAUACUGGGGCAGCGGGUACGGAGAAUUCUGACUCCAUUAUAGCAAAAAUAAACCAACGUCUGGAUAUGCUGUCAAAGGAAAGCAGUGGUGGUCCUGGGGAAGGCAUGGAAGACCAAGGAAGCUCUUUCAGAUUUGAGUCUUUUGAGUCCUAUGAUUCCAGAGCUUCGGUGCCUGACCGCGAUAUGUACAGAACUGGCUAUGACUAUAAUGAAGUAGGACCAGAUCGGAAUGAUUCUUUUGGAAGCCAUUAUGAUGCUGGUGGUAACUGCAGAGAUCAGCCCCGCAACAGAGGAAACAACUAUGGCUUUGUUAGAGGGAGGGUCCAGAAUCGAGGACGUCUAAACACUUUCAGUCGUGACCGUUUCAUGCCAUCAAGUACAGAACGGCUCUCUGCACGAUGGAAUGAGAUGAAUUACAUGGGCGGGAGAAAUAUGGGUGGACCUGGACCCAACAGGCUUCCAUCACUUUUUUCCCAAGCACUCAUCCCGGAGUACAGAGAUUAUGGCGAUUAUGGAGACUACGGAGACUAUGGCAACUAUGGGGAUUAUGAUUAUGGCAUGAUGGGAAUGCCGGGAAUGGGAAGAUUUCCUGGGAACAUGCCCUAUGGUUUUGGACGAUCACGAAGCAGGCCCAAGAGGAGACCUUUCCGCGGCCGAGCAGGUGGGCGUUCAGAUAAUGAAGGUGGAUUUCGCAAGCGGAAACAGUCACAAAGUGGGGAUGAACCAGACAGCAAGCAAGCAAAGACAGACAGUGAAGGAGAUGACUCGGACCAUGAUGAUGGCGAAGGAGAGGACAAAUCGGCGGAUGAAGGAGAUAAAGGUGAGCAUGAGGAAGGCAUUGAAGUUCUGAAAGGGAAAGCAUCUGGUGAUGGCUGUGAUGAUGAUGAUGAAGAAACAAAACAACGUAAAGAGAAACAGAGGCGAAGGGAUCGGAUGCGUGACCGUGCUAUGGACAGAAUCCAGUUUGCUUGCUCUGUGUGUAAAUUCCGAAGCUUUGAUGAUGAAGAAAUUGAGAAGCAUCUACAAAGUAAAUUUCACAAAGAGGUCUUGCGAUACAUUGGAACCAAGCUGCCUGACAAAACUGUAGAAUUCCUGCAGAAAUAUAUUGUGAACAGAAAUAAGAAAAUUGGGAAGCGCCGACAAGAGUUGACAGAGAAAGAAGGCACGAAGCCAAAAUCAGACCCUUUCAAGGGAAUUGGCCAAGAACACUUUUUUAAGAAGAUAGAAGCAGCUCACUGCAUGGCUUGUGACAUGUUAAUUCCUGCACAACAACAUCUCCUUCAGAGACACCUGAGGUCUGUCGAUCAUAAUAGGAAUCGCAGGAUGGCAGCUGAACAUUUCAAGAAGGCUAGCUUCCAGGUAGCUAAGAGUGUCUUAAAUAGCAAGCACAUUGUGAAAAUGCUAGAAAAGUAUCUCAAGGGUGAGGACCCAUUUACAGAUGAAAACAUUGACCAAGAUGUUAAUGAGUCUGAAGCCUUAGAGGGGGCUGAUAGUGAAAGGGCUACAGAAAGUGCUACUGUAGAGAGUAAAGAGAAUAUUGGGGAUGAGGUUGAAACCACUGAAGACGGCGAAACUGUGAAACUGGAAGGUGAUGAGAGAGGCUGCUCCACUUCAGUUUUCUUUAAAGAUGAAUCUGUAGAGGAACAGCAGCAGAAGGAAGAAGAGAGACAAGAGGCAGCAGGAACCAGAGAAGAACCAUGUCUCCCUCCUCAAGGAAGUUCAGAAGAGAGUUCAGCAGAAGACCAACUGAAGGAGCAGCAGCAUGUGGAGACAGGAGAGGAGAAUUCUGCUGAAAUGGCAAUAGCUGAAAACCGUGAUACCAAGAAUACAACAGCAGUUGCAGCAAGUACAGAGCUGCCACAAGAAUGACCACGUGAAUGUUUGUAUGAAGGUGAUUUGUCCUGCUUAGCUGUAUAGUCCUUUUUUCAUAUUUUUGUCAGUUCAGUACAAGUCUGUGCAUUGCUGGAGUGCUGCCAGUUUUGUUUUGUUUGAGGGAAAGGAUCCAACUAUUCUGUUAUGGAAGUAGUCUUGUGCUUUUACUGUUGUGUAGAAAGAGGAAAUCAGCAAGUGUAUUUCACUUUUAAGUUGGAGAGCUCCAAAAACGACAUUCCCCAAGAAAAGCUUGAUACCUUGCAUUAUUGAAUGAAAGGUACUACGGGGGUGGGGCAAGAAAUGUUGAUUAUUUCGCUCCUGUCAGCUGUUAAAUUUUCAGUGCUGAAGGAAUAUGGCUUUAUUUAGAAACUAAAUUGAUCCUGUAGUUAAUGAGAAAGUAGAUAGUAAAUCAGUGUGUCUAUUCUUUCCUGUAAAAUUUUUUUGCUCGUUUCGGUCUCUGGAGAAAGGGCUUGCUGUCAUGCGGACUGUUAACUUCAUUUAUCCAAUUUGCAGUAUUGCAUGAAAAAUAGCAUUUGUAACUAUAUCGUUUUCAAACAUCAAGUUGGUGUAUCACACUUGGGCCGUCAUCUGUGCUGUACACUCAGAUUUUUCUGGACAGCAAGCUGCAGUGUGUACAUUAUACUAUUAGAAAGGCUUAGUUUAAAAGAAAAGUUAUGCCACCACUGAAACACCACUUCUCCCUCCCCUCCCCUAUAUAUCUCAAUACAAGUUACAGGAGUAUCAUUCACAGAGUAGAUAACCAAUUAUUGUUCUUGGAGGUCGAAGCAUUACCAAGACCAGCAAAAUAGGAACUGAUUUACCUACUGUUAUGAUUGAUGCCUGUAGUAGAAAGUGGAAUGAGCACUCUAUUUUUUUUAAUAAAUCCAAAGUUAUUUGUUUUAGCAUUUAAAUAAACUUCUGAAACUCAAA